AUUAACAAAAAUAAAGGUUCGUCUAAACGGAAACUUCUUCUGUCAAAAUGGCUCUUCAACCAGUCCUGCAGUGCUUUAUUGUAGUUUGUUUGUUUUCAAUAGUAUCAAAGGGGGAGCUCGAAUCAGAUGCAUCCUCAGUCAUCCAGCUUUCCCAUUCUCUGGGUUCACGACCAUUUGAGCCAAGGGGACAAAUUAAUGUUAGAAGUCUGAAGUUAGGCUCUGUCAAUAUCCAACAAGAUUCAUCCUAUGAUUGGAAAGACUAUAAGGAAGCAGCAGAAGCAAAUGAAUUUUACCAUCUGGAAGCUUUUGUGAAAUACAAUGGGAUUGAAAGGACAUUCCUCACUUCCACGAAAGCUUGUCUACUUUAUGAGUCUCAACUAGCAGACAUUAUCACAAUUCAUGUGGAUUUGUUAGGAAACAUUUAUGGAGUUUCUGUGGCAGCCCCGCAUAGUCAGCAGUGUACAGGCACUGUAUCUGAAUUUGAACCCAAUUUUAAUACAACAGUUCUGAUCUCAUACAUGGAGCAUGGCCCAGUACCUGAUGUCGCCAUGUACGUUCAGAAAGUUGAGCAGGAAAAAGUUGCCAAAGAACGUGGCGAAACUAAGGACAAUCGUUCCUUCAUCGCGAAAUAUUGGAUGUACAUCGUGCCACUAGUUCUCGUCUUUAUGAUGUCAGGGGCCAGCAACCCAGAUCAACCCGCACGCUAAAUGACCAUCUUCUACAUAACCAAGCCUAACUCAUAAAAUGCCAUUUCAGUCAUUACAAAAAUUAUUGAAAGAAAACGAAGCCCUGAAGACGACUGAAACGUGCUUUCUCUUUUUUAUUGACAAAUUCACUUUUACACAAGAUCAAGCUAGUAAGAAAAAGGAGAACCAAAAACCAAA